AUGGCAGGAACUGCAUCGGUGGAACAUAUAUAUGGGGAUCAUGCUUGGAUUCCUGGAGCGAAGGGGAUUGCAAGGAUACAUGCAGGUCCAGUACCAGAGGAAAAAUUUAUUCUUAAUUUCAUACUCAUGAGAAGCGAUAGUAUUCUAUCUGGAUGGGAAAUUACUUCCUGGCUUACGAUUCGUGGUCUGAUUCUCAUUCCUUAUUUAGGAGCAUUUAUUUCCAUUUUCCUCAUAACUAUUGGUGGUCCAAGGGUGUUCGGUAUGUUACUCUAUAUAUUAUCACCAUUGGCUGUAUGUUUACUAAGUGGAGUACUUAUUACACUACGCUUGAAAUAUGCUAAUUCAACUAAUCAGUUAUCUGAUUAUUAUACCAAAUUUUAUCGACUGUUUUUUACAUCCGUUCCGAAUAAUCCUGAUGGUGUUGAUACAUAUCAUGUUCAACCAUUAGUUUGGGGAUUUCUUUCCACAUUUGUACAUUUAACCCAGUCAUAUAAUCUAUGGAAUGGAGUAUAUCCUACCAUUGGUAAAUUGGUCAGUGGUGGACGUAAAAUGCGACAUUUGGGUUGGAUUCCUGUGGUGAUAGGAUCAGCUUUACUUGGGCAAUUACCAGUACUAAUUAUGCUUUACGCUACAGCUUCAUCAUAUGAUCCACAAUAUAUUCGAUGUCAUUUAAGCGUUGAUUGGUUAGCACCAUUUAUCAUUAUGCCACAUAUUUUCUCAAAAUUUUCAAGCCCUCGACUUUUGGUUGCAUCAUAUUUUCUUGGACUUUCAUUAUUUAUUUUGUUAAAUCAAGCAUUAAUAUUAAUAAGUACUAUCGAACAUAUUGUUGGUCAUUUGGUUACUAAUAAUGAAAAAUACGAAGAUCAAUAUAAACGCAUAUAUCGAUGUUCAAUCAUAUUAAUUAUUCUGUUACUUGGAUUGCUUGGUGUUCCAUUAAUUACUCAGGCUGGAUUUUAUUGGAUACGUUUAAUUGAUUGGUUUGUUGAUCGUUUAAUGUUGAUACCAGUGCUAGGACAAGUGGCUGGUUUUCUCAUUGUUUAUGCUCAUUUACGAGGCAGUAAAAUAGAAACACCUAUGGUAAAAACAAUUAUAAUAUGUAUCUAUGCUAUACUCAUUACUAUUGCCAGUCCACCUGAUUUUCAAUGUCGUACAUACAGUCGAGCACCAAUAAAUGAUCCAAUUCAGAAUAAUUUUAUUCUACUCGGUUGGUUAAUAGCAUUUGGUCCUAUAUUAUUGGGUAUAAUAAUUGGAUUGAUUAUGACAUGUAUACGUUUUCAUAGUCAUCAAACUGUAGGAUAUUCGUACUUCAGUUAUUUAUUCAAAGGUGAGUAUGGUCUACAAAAGUUCAUGCAGAAAACAGCAAAAUUGUCACAUAUGAAACGUAAUCUUCCCAAAUAUUCAAAUAUGCCUAAAAAUCUUUCAUGGACUAGAAUAAAUAACUUUAACACUGUUUCUGGUUCUCCUAAGUUCAUGACAUCAAAUUUAUCCAAUCCAAAUAAUCUUGGAACGAAUAGAAUAAUUUAUCGAUCCGUCGGUGAUCAAUUAGGAAAUUUUAUUUCGUCCAGUCAAGAUAUUGCUCAUGCUUAUUCGACAAACCAGCUACCGAAUUAUUAUGAACAUAAUGGGACAAGUCAAAUGAUGAAUACUUGUUUACUUCCUCCUCACAGAAAAUCCGAAAUGAACAUUUACAACAAUAGAUUAAUGUCAGAGUUAAAAGAUUAUCAACACCAGAAAAUUAAACAUCACAGACCUUAUAUUUAUCCAAAUCACCGUUCAAUUGGUACACUGGAUAUAUAUGAAAGUGAAGAAUUCUUGUAA